UUGCAUAUUAUUGUAAAGCAAUUAUGACCCAAAAGAACUCCAAUGAAAAGCGGCUUGCAGCAUUACAAAAUAGAAAGCUGACUCAGUCCUCCCAAAAUGAACUUGUUCGUAAUGCAUUGUCUGACAAAGCUGUCAGCAAGAUUACCAAGUUCAGUGAUUCUGACGAUGAUGACACACAAGACGACCAAAAAAUGACUGACAUUCUUCAUGAUGUUGAUGAGGAAGAAGAUGUUUGCUUUGCUGUCAAGCCACAAUUCUUGGGUAAAAAGGGUGUAAAACUUAUGACAAUGCAAAGUAAAAUAGGUUCAGAUGAUAGAUUCCAGCUCGAUACUCGGUUUGAGUCUGGCUCAGACAGUAACACUGAUUCUGAAGAUGAUGAAACAAGAGAAAUGAAUAAUGAAAGACAAACUUUGUACAACACAAUGGAUUCUGUGUUGGGUGGCCUUGGUAUAACUGCUAAACCAAUAACAGCGGCAGAAAACCAGCACGUCGUUGAUCAGUAUGUAAGGUUUGAUCCAACUGAUGUCAACCAUGAGAAAUUUUUAGUUUCUCACAAAGCUCCACUAGAAGCUGAUGGUCCUGUUGAGGAGACAAUUCUGGGGCAUGAUUCAAAUAACAAAGAAGAUGAAACAAAAGCAAAAGAUAAGAUUGAUCACAUGCCAAUAGUUGAUGAAAGUACAUUCUUUGAAGUAAAAACUGAUUUUAAUAAGACUAUUGCUGAUAACACAAGCAAUUCCAACGGUUUUAGUUUCAAAUUUGAUUUUGCUAUUGAGAGUUCACAAACUAAUGUCCAAGAGAGUGAUACAAAUCAGGCCCAAGCACAGGACUUCUCAAUUAAAGAACUUCAACGUGAUUCUUCCGAUGAAGAAGAAACAAUUGACACUAAAACUUUUAAUAAAGAAUCUGUAAAACGUCAACAAGACAACUAUUUCUUUUACAGCAUAAACCCCUUAUUUAGAAAGGGUCCCAUUUCUCAGUUCAAGAGAACUAAAACUAUGGAAGAAAUUGAGCAAGAUUGGAUAUCCCAGAGACAACAGCUUACUGCAGAAUACAAGAAGAGGCAUAAAGAUGCUGUCAGGUUUCAGAAGAAGUUUAUUGCUAAAACCUGACUUGAAAUUUUUAACUUCUUAACUUACAAGGGUAUUUAUUUGAUUUUUUAAUAAAGGUUUUUAACUCAUUUAGCUCUUAUCAAAGUGCAACAAGAA